AUAAUGGCAAAAAUUCACCCAGGCAUCUUUUAAGGCACCUAUAACGACUGACAGGGGUCUUGCCUGCUGACAGUAUGGCUGCCUUCAGCAGAGGGAGGCAGAGGAUAAAAGCUCUCUGCCGCUUUAGUACUUUAAUAUUUACAAGAAACUUUACAGCAUGUACAUUUGAUUAUGAUCUGGUGGUGAUUGGUGGAGGCUCUGGGGGGUUGGCCUGUUCAAAAGAAGCUGCCCAAUUAGGGCAGAGAGUUGCCGUCUUGGACUAUGUUGAACCUUCACUGAAAGGCACAAAGUGGGGUCUUGGUGGCACGUGUGUGAAUGUUGGCUGUAUUCCAAAGAAGCUUAUGCAUCAGGCGGCACUGCUUGGCACUGCUGUCAAAGAUGCUAGGAAGUAUGGCUGGCAAAUCCCAGAAUCCCCGUCACAUGACUGGCCUACAAUGGCUGAGGCUGUCCACAACCAUGUGAAGUCUCUAAACUGGGGUCACAGAGUUCAACUACAAGACAAGAAGGUGAAAUAUUUGAAUAUGAAGGGCAGUCUGGUGGAUAAACACACUAUCAGAGCUGUAAAUGCCAAAGGGAAAGAGAUGACAGUGACCGCUAAAAACAUUGUGUUAGCUACUGGUGGACGGCCGAAGUACCCUACACAUGUCCCAGGAGCCAUGGAGUUCGGUAUCACAAGUGAUGAUGUCUUCUGGCUCAAAGAGUCUCCCAAAAAAACGUUGGUUGUUGGUGCCAGUUAUGUAGCAUUGGAAUGUGCCGGCUUUCUUACAGGCAUUGGACUGGACACCACAGUGAUGGUGCGCAGUAUCGCCCUCAGGGGGUUUGAUCAGCAAAUGUCUGGUUUAGUCACAGACUACAUGGAGGCCUAUGGCACCAAGUUCUCCUGGAAGUGUACACCAAAAAGCAUAGAAAAGCUCUCAUCUGGGCUUCUUCGGGUCACAUGGAUGGAUCUAAACACUAAAGAGGAACAUCAAGACACCUUCAACUCAGUACUUUGGGCUGUAGGCAGAGCUUCUGAAACCAAGACCCUAAAUUUGGAGAAGGUUGGCGUGGAGAUCAACAAAGAAACGGGGAAGAUAAUCGUAGCCGCUGACGAAGCCACAUCCAUGCCGAACAUUUUCGCUAUCGGAGACAUCGCUGAGGGUCGUCCUGAGUUGACCCCGACAGCCAUUAAGGCUGGAAAGCUCCUGGCCCGCAGACUGGUUGGCCAUUCCACUGAGCUCAUGAACUAUGACAAUGUGGCCACUACAGUGUUCACUCCACUAGAAUAUGGCUGUGUAGGUCUGUCUGAAGAAGAGGCUGAAAGACGACAUGGAAAAGACCAGAUUGAGGUGUACCAUGCCUUCUACAAACCCCUGGAGUUCACCGUGGCUGAGAGAGAUGCAACGCAAUGCUAUAUCAAGGUGGUUUGUCUACGGGAGGGGGAUCAGCGCGUGCUGGGUAUGCAUUUUACCGGACCGAACGCUGGUGAGGUCACCCAGGGCUUUUCUCUGGGCUUCCAGUGUGGGCUUACCUACGAACACCUCAGGAACACGGUCGGGAUUCACCCCACCUGCGCCGAGGAGCUCAUCAAGCUCAACAUCACUAAACGCUCUGGUCUUGACGCCACAGUAACAGGCUGCUGAGGUUAAGCAUCCCCUCCCUGAUCGCACGAGCACACGGGAACCAUUAAAAAGAUUGUGAUAAUGUGGGUUAGCAGCU